GUUGGUGGCCUCACGCCUAACCUUCUCCCUCCUUACUGAGCUUCUCGUUAAUAAAGGUAUAGAAGGGUGCGUGUGUGUGUGUGUGUGUGUCGGCCAGGAAUCCAACCUUGCUAACCACAUGCUUGGUUGGUGAGCAUUUCACUGUUACACCACCGACACACAGUUAUAUUGUUCCGUGCGGCCGUUUAUUAAAUCACUUGUCUAAAUUCUUUUCUUUUUUAUCUGGAUUAACAUUUAAUCUCCACAAUAUUUUCUUCUUUAUGUGCUUCUCAUAUGUAGUUGGAUCAACUAAAAACACAAGUGGAACGAUUACGACUGAACAAUACACAACUUGUUGGUCAACGUGAUGCAGCUCGCCAAGAAGCACGUGAAUCAGAAAUGGCUAUUCUACGGGCUAAAGAAUUAAGCGAAUCAUCACAACAAGCCUUACAACGUGAAAAUCAUCGUCUGUCUACAAUAACAGAACAACAAGGAAAACUGAUCAAUCAUAUGCGUGGUCUUCUACCAGCAGAAUUCAACCUAGUCCAUCGAACUCCCCUUAUUGAUGAUGGCAGUUCAAUUCCAGUUCCAGCUUCAGAAGGUGGAAAACAACGCUCUAGAAAAAUUACACGAGUUAGUCGACCUGGUGCUCCAUUGAUUUCAGUAGCUUCUGCAUUUUUCAGUAGACAUCGUAAACGUGACACUAUAAAGCCUGAAACGAAUUCUACGAAUUCUAAAGCUUUAGGAUCUGGUGACUUCACAAGACAACCUAGUCGUCUACAGAAAAUGAUGAGUAAAACUCGAUUGAACUUGAAAAAGCAUGGAACUCUGCCAGGAAAGUUAGAAUUUCAUUCAGAUUCUCCUCAGUCUACACCAACUGGGGAAGACUGUUAUGUGGAGGAGUAUGAUCCACUCGGAUAUGAUGUCUAUUCAACUGAUGAGACUGAUUUUGAUGAUGGGCUUCCAUUCCCUGCUUCAUCAGGUUUCGCUGUACCUCUUCCACCUAGAGAAAGUGAUAAUGUAUCAAAUACAGGCAGUACUUCUUCUACCCCAAGUAUUGCCAGUUCUGCACCUCCCGCUUCAGUUGAUUUUAUUCGGGAUCGUUCGUGGCGCAGGAAUCGAUCAAAAGUUCAUGUUGCUUGGGCAGAUACUAGUGAUAAACUUGAGUUACGUAGAGUAAGUUCAUUUUUUGAAUAUUCUUUGGUUUCUCUGGUAUUAAUUGUUUCUACAAGUUUUAUUUUUACGUAUGAAUACACGUUCUAGCUGAUAAAUAAGUCUCAUAGUUUACACUUCACAUGACAUAUUAGUUUUUCUUUUUUCUGAACAAUAUGUCGUUGCUUUUGCGUUAUUCUGAAUGUAAUCGAAAACCGCUCUUUUUUCUUUUAUAUAUUGGCCAUUAUGUUAUAGUGGUUAUCACAUAAGAAGAUUA